AUGGAUGGGAUACUCGAUCAAAUCAUCAAGCCGGCGGUAUCAACAGGAGUUGGCUUCAACGCCAAAGAGGCUGCACGCUUCGUUCUUGACUACGUACAAAAGGCUAUGAGCUUUACCAGCGAUGCUGAUGCGAGUUCCUUCGUCACUCGCCUCUCUGACGUGACUAAGGCUUUCUUGUCACGCCUGGAUUCAGAAAACGGCCCCGACUUGCAUGAAAAUGUAGAGCUUGUUGACAUCCUGUCGAACCUGGUCCUCGUUCUCUCAUCAGCAGUGCGGCUCUGCCAGAAGACACAGUCUUUGGUAACAGAGAGCUUCACCAUGGAGAUGGUCCUAAGAAAAACUGCUGAAACCUUGGUUAGGGUUCUGCUCAACAUUGGACUGAACGACGUAACACGUCUGUACGACGACCUUCAGACAUUGAGAUACCGUGAGCGUGGUAUUCGCUCUGAUCAAGUUGUGCCACACACGUGGGUACUCUUGAUGAAGGCUCUAGAAAGUCUCCGGAUACCAAGAAUGAGUUUCUGGGACAUUACGUAUUCGCGCAUGCUUCAACCAAGCGUCAACUGCGGAGUCGAAUCACAGGAAUUCGAACGGCUUUGGAAGAACAUGUUUACUCUCUUACCAUUGUGCGAGUUCGACAAUACUGGUGUGAUCGUAACCGACAGGAGGCAUCAUGUUCCCAUGGAAGGUUGGAGUCUUCCCCAACAAGUCCUGAAGCGCGUCUUCGAACUAUACCGGAAAAACCCUCGCCAAUCCCCCAGCUUUAAUGACUACUGCCGGGCACUCGUGUCCAGGUGUCAUUAUCUGGUUGACCAAUGGGGUUGGCAGAAGUGCAGUGGCAUCAUCGGCACCAUCUUCGACUUUUUCGGUUCACAGAACCUAUCUCACUUGCGCAACGAAGAAGCAUUCCGCUCAGCUCGUUUCCUGGAUAGCCUUCACCUCAACCCAUCGCUCCGGGUUGAACCUGAAGAUCGAUGCUUCCAUAUCUUCCUUAAGCUUGUGGCACUGGCCAUAAACAGGUUGAAGCAAAAGGGGCUGGUCAACGACAUCCGCAAUCUGGUGGCUCGUACGCUCCCGAACCACGACCGACAAUACUCCAAGGAACAAAACGUUCACCAGCAUGAUUUGGCAGCCCUCAGAAACCACCACGACCUCCUAUGCACACUGUUUUGGGCAGCGCCACGUGACCUUCGUCCUGGCAUCCACAAUCUUGAGAAGCUGGUUAUCCCCGCCAGCUCUCACAAGGAGGCUUGCCUGAUCAAUUUGCGGGCAUGGAACCAACUCGCACGGUUUGUUGUACACGAGGAGCCUGCUGCAUCAUUCACCCCGCUAGCAAACUGGCAGUCCAACGUGUUUAGGCAGCUUCUGGAUCAGUACAACUCUGCCGCGGCAGAUAUCCAACAACAGUUCUUGGCCUUGUCCAAAGACGCUAGUAGCAACAUCAGUGAGGAUUUGAUGAACUCGAUUGUGACUACCAACAAGGCCGCUACAAUGGAGAUCAUGUUAUUCUCGGUCAAGUCCUCAAUGGAUGCUGUGCAACAUGCGGGUAGCUUGGAGCUGGCCAGACUUGCUUCAAGUCCAUUUCAACUACAGCAAGUCUUUCAGCACUUCUCUACCCUGCCAGCAGAUUUCCCGUCUACACUCUUACAGGCGUCCCUGACCACUCUUGAGCGCCUUCUUGGCAGGAUUGAGUCGGUCUUCAAUGAGGCGGAUGACAGUCAAGACAGCAUGGCUUCUAGGACGUUGGAAUCGGAAGAUGCAAUUCUUAUGUUGGAUCGUGAACUGGCCGCCGUAUUUCUCUCCACAGCGCGCUGCCUAUUAUCAAAUCAGUCGCGUGGCAGUCCUGGCGCCUCGUCAGUGUCAAAGGCUUGCGUUGAGCAGUCCGUUAUUGUUUCUGGCAUGAUGGUCGGCCUGUUCGUUCGGUGUACAAUGAUGGCACUCUCUCAGGUCUUCAAACCUACCAAAUACGGGCUUUUCGGAAAGGCGCCAACCAAGCUUAGCUGGGAACAACGCCAAUAUCUUCCCCUGUUUCUCUCUGUGGUUGCACAAAAGGGAGCAGCGAUCAAUUUGGAGACAGCCGAUGCCGCCUCCAAGAAAAGCAUGCGUGCCGAAUUUGAGAAAGUGCUCAACGCCGUCAUGAACCAAAUGCGGGUCGACGUCCAAAUCAUAGCAACCGACUCUUCUGAACAUCCCGGCUACGUCAAGUUUGUCCGCAAUAUCAUUUCUCUGAUCAAGGCCCAUGGUGCAGACAUCUGCCCUGUGCAGAAGUUCUUCCUGGAAGUGAGCAAGGAAUACUCUCCACCCAUGCAGGAUCCCCAGCUCCAAGCAGCCUUGAUCCAGUCGUAUGGGUUCAAGCUUGCUGAAGGCGACCCGAGAGUCCCGAGUACUCUCUUCCACUUCUUCCUCAACAACUUCAAGGGAGCUCUCCAACGAGACCGACUACCGCACGAAGUCCUCCUACUGAAACGAGCCUUGAAACAUGACGCUAUCAUGUCGUUCAUCUUGGGGAAGAUGCUUCCAGCAGUUUUGCAUGCCACGCUGUCCAAUCAUGAAGCUUAUGCAAUGCUUGACGUGCUGUGCGAUGCUCUUGGACUAGCCCUAACGCAACCAACCAUAGCUCGUCAAGUGAGCGAGGACAGUUUCGCCUGCAUCCCAGCCUUGGUCACAACAUUGUUGGCCUGGGCCACGGCCGUGAAGGGCGCAGCACUUUGCGCUGAGCAUAUUCAUGUGCUCAGAAGAAUCACCUGGCUCCUUAAUGCCUUUCAACCAUACAUCGAGUCCUUCUCGUUAAUGCCCAGAGCCGUCAAGGGCUGGGACAAUGUUAUGAACAGAUUACAAUGUUUCGGCCUGCUUGCCGAAGGCGCUCAUGAAUAUCUCGGCGCCGAGUUUGACAAAGGCGAUGUUCCUUUCAUGGCGCCCUCGAGGCUGUUCCGCCUCCUGAGGGCUCAUAAUGAGAACUUCAGGAUUCAGGAUACCACAGUUCUGACCUGGUCUGAACACAUUGGGAAUGAUAUUAGCAGAAACUGGGUCACCACAGGACCGCUCUUGACGGUAUCAGGGAUCAACCGCGGGACACCCUCGACGCAAUCUGGGCAAGGCUCACUUAGACCUCAGUGGAGCAUGCGGGAGCUGACAACGAGCUUGUACGAUCAACUGCGGAUCUGGCAUGAGUGGUGGAUAAGAGUUAAGGGAUCGCCCAAAGAGCGUGAGACGUUUGACUAUGGAGAGGAGUUGAUAUUCUGA